UAGGGGUUUUGAUUCCUCAUUUUUUGAUUUUCUGUGGCUUUUGGUUAUUAAGAAGUGGAAAUUUGGAAAGCUCAUGACCUUGCGUCUUUGGGGAAAUAAAAUUCUGAAUCCGUCGAUUCUCUAUUCUAAAAAAAAUAUUUUUUCUAAAUUAGGUGGAUGGGUGUAAUUACAAUGGGAAUUGGAGAGGCUUGCAAUUUCGCUGCCUAUGCUUUUGCUCCAGCAAGUUUAGUAACUCCAAUGGGGGCUUUGAGUGUUCUAGUAACCGCUGUCCUCUCCUCUCGAAUGCUUAAAGAACGCUUAAAUUUAUUGGGAAAAAUUGGAUGUGCAAUUUGUCUGUUGGGUUCAACUUCUAUUGUUAUUCACUCACCUAAAGAAGAGGAAGUGUCGUCGAUGAGAGAAUUGGCGGAGAAAAUGAGAGAUCCAGUAUUCAUUACCUACGUAGCUGUAGUUUUUGCCAUAACCCUAGUUUUUGUGUUCUAUGCCGCCCCUCGUUAUGGCCAUACAAAUAUUCUUGUAUACAUUUCAAUAUGUUCAUUAAUUGGAUCUCUGUCAGUUAUCUCUGUUAAAGGACUUGGAUUGGCAAUUAAGGAAAGUAUUACUACAAAAGAACAAUUUACUAAUUGGUUAACAUGGUUUUGGUUAAUUGCUGUUCUCUCCUGUAUAUCAAUUCAAUUAGUUUAUUUAAAUAAAUCAUUGGAUAUUUACAAUACUUCUAUGGUAACACCAAUAUAUUAUGUUUUCUUUACAAGUUUUGUAAUUUUGGCUAGUUCAAUAUUAUAUAAAGAAUGGUCAUGUUUGGGUGCAAGUGAUGUAAUUGGGAAUGUUAUUGGUUUUUUGACUACAAUUAUUGGAAUAUUUCAAAUGCAAUUAUUCCGAGAUAUAGAAAUUGGAUCAAUUAAACGCUUUCGUUUAUUGUGUUCAACAAAUCAAUAUAUAAGAAAUUCAUCUCAACACCACCAACAACAACGUGAACAUAAUCGAAGCCCAACAGGUAGUGUAACAAGUAGUAUUUCUAGAGUUGAUGCUGUAAUGUCUGAAGUUGGUUAA